AGGACUAACUUGACGUUGUACAAUACAGCUGAAGGAAAUCUAGGCCCAACAUCUAACGGUAAAGCAUACCCGCCACCAAAUCCAAAAAGGGAAAAAUAGUCGGAAUCUGCCAGCCGAGCAUAUGCCGAGCACCGGAUCGAAUAUCAACGAAGUGCAUCUCAGCUAGCUGUGUGACAUGUGUCGACACUCUACACCCGGCCAGUAGCUUCUAUUUCCCUGGCGGUAUUCUCACCACCCAAAAGUUCCUCGUCGUCGCUGAAGGAUUCAAAAUGUCAUCUUCAGCAGGUUCAUCGAGCGUGGAGGCCAGCACGACUGUUGCCUCUACGACAACGACGACGACGCCAGCCCCGGCGAGCUCGUCUUCUGUCACGACAACCGUACAGUCGACGAGCUCGACGGAGACGUCCAUUUUCACGACUAGUACGACCAGCACCAGUACCAGCACCAGCACCAUCCCGCCGCCUACAUCUUCGUCUAGUAGUGACACUGCAGCUUCCACGACCUCCAUUCCGCCUGAUACCACGACAAGCACGACAUCGGCACCGCCCGUUGACACCGGGAGCAGCACUACUGAUAUGGGGUCAGGAGGAGGAGGGACAGGACAAGGACAAAGCCAAAGUCAAAGCCAGAGUUCUAAUGGCAACACUCAGCAGCACACAUCCUUUAUCCCCACGACGAUUGUCAUCACCCAAUCCAACGGCCAGCAGGUGACGGCAACCACGUCUGUUGUGGCUCCUUCCUCUUCCUCUUCGGCCUCUUCGGCCUCUUCAUCAUCGUCCUCAUCGUCCUCAUCACAUACGGGCGCCAUAGUGGGCGGAACCAUUGGCGGUAUUGCUGGUCUCGCUGUGGUCCUCGCUCUUGUUUGGUUCCUCUACAAACGCCGGCGGAACUACCGCUUCUCAGAUCACUUUGAUGGAAACUUUGACCCCGACAGGAUCGUGGCCCGGACGCCUGACAUGGGACUGAACCUCGAUGAUGAACAUGAUCAAGAUGACGGGAUGGGUGGACGGCUCGGAGGAGCAGAGAUCGGGGCUGGAGUCGUUUCGCCGUUCCCCAUCAGCGCAAGCACGAAUAGCCAGGGAAGUAACUACACCAACUACUACAACGGCUCGCCUGCAUCCCCACCGCCAAUGUCGCAGUACUCUGCAGAAUCUUAUCCGCCUUCAGCGUACAAUCCUUACGCCAUGGUUCCCAGUUCCCCACCCGGCUCGCCGGUGUCACACACCCCUCCAUCCUCCAGCGGUGUCGGUGGGGGAAUGUCUGCAAAGGAGCGCGAGGCGAGGCAACACCAGCUGGGCAUCGUUAACCCCGACGACCGCUCAGCUUACCUUGUGAAUGGCCCCGGUCCAAGCGGGGUUAUUGUCCACCAGGAUGCAGGCCCAAGCGAGAUCCCGCCGUCGUAUGAUAGCUUACUGCCUGGGCCGUCUAGAGCGGGACCAUCUCAGGGAGGCAAUAGCUCUUAGAGGGGACGUAGAUGAGACAAAGGACUCUUCGAUUGACUGAUUACUUACUGACGGACGUUGUGUUCUCGAUCGACACCAUCUAAUGCUUCAUGACCGCACUAUCUUUCGCAUCUCUUACUUAUCUAAUCUCGCUACCCAUUACUUAUUCCCCCCUCCACAUGCUACUACAAUGCCCGUCUCCACGUAUCGAUUCCAUUCUGAUUGUACUGUAUACAUGUACCGCUGUACUGAUAGUCGCUCUAUUCUCGCUAUGCAGUCUUGUAUGUAGUGCAAUAUCUAUCUACUCGCCGUCCACUUGGUUGGAUUUUUGAACGUUG